AUGUCCAACUCUCCCCAGUAUUCUCCACUUGCUGGCCGCCCAUCGCAACACAGUCGUAGAGAGUCGAACAGACCCUCCUCUGGCCCUCGUCGCCCUACCUAUCAGCUCUAUCAUUCUGAUUCGAGCAGAUCGGAAGACCGCAAGUCCUCUAGGGUUCAAUCACAGCGAUCGUUCGAGGUCAUACACCUCGGACCGGGCAAAUGGUGGACUGACAGCAGCCUUCGUCGCGCCAUGAAUCUGCCUACUCCGGUCCAAUACGGCAUGAUCAUCAAUGUUCUCGGUGCACCGAACUUCCGCAGCCUAAAGCAAGCCUGGCGGCUCUGGUUUGGACGCGGAUCCGCCAAGCGACAUGCGGCAGGCAUCAGCGCGACAGACUGGGCAAUCCAUUUCACCAUCGAUCCCAUCGCAGUAGUGCGGCCGGCUCAUGCGGCAUCUUUGCCGGACGAUUACCACGAUCGGCAAUACGGAGCCCCAACGAACGGCCACAUUGCGGACAUCAUUGAUCCUGCUACGGAUGCAACACUGGUGGGGAAUGUUGAUGACUUCCUGAGCUGGCUAGCGCCUUCGAAGUGA